AUGACUAUACCUUUGAAUACCCCUGACCUACUUUCUUUGGCGUCGGUAUCUGAAAAAUCGGAACAGUGGGCGGCACAAGACAGCAUAGAUGUUAGAAAUCCGGUGGUUGAAAGCUCAGAGUUUGCCUACAGGGCAACCGAUCUGGUUCACAUCAAUGAUGACGGGGUAAAGAACGCUGCGAAGUAUAUUCGUCAGAAGCUUUUGGUUGAAAAGUAUACACCGCGGACGUGGCGUACGCAUGCCCUUCAUAUAUGUCCUUCGGAGCCAUACAACCCGGAAGAUCCGCUCAAUAAAUCAGUACUGGAUUGGAUAUUCUUGAUUUCAUCUCUGAACUUUAGCUUCUGGUCAGAAAAAGAAGGAAGGCCUGACCGUUAUGGUGUUGAAUGGCGAGCCGGCUGGGACUCGGUGGAGACAAAAAUCUGGACUGGCUACUGGUCUCUGGUCGCAGCUCUCAACCGAGCACUUGAGGAAGAUAUUCCUAUAACAGACCCUCAUUUCUACUCCUCGGAGACGCUAUGCCCAGACAGUUUGAUUGAGCACGUAUUCCGCAAAGCCCCUCAAUCAACUGAAUCGAUCCCACUCCUUAAAGAACGAAUUGCCGUUAUGCGUGAAUGUGCUCCGGGUAUUGCUCGAGUUCUGAUAAUAUUACGAAAGGGUUACGGUGGUUCGUUCAAAGGUUUUCUGGAUGACUUCCAAAGGCAGCACGAUGGUCAAGGUACUUCGCUUGACUUGGCGACCAUGGUGGCAAAUACUUUUCCUAGCUUCCGAGAUGAAGUCUAUUACGAGGGCACCAAAGUCUGCUUGUGGAAACGCGCCCAGAUACUUGUCGCGGAGACAUGGGCGGCGUUCUAUCCACCCUCUCCUGCAGAGCCCCACCCACUCUUCCCAGGUUCUCAGGGCCCACAAAUUAGCCGCCUGACGAUGUUUGCCGACUACCGCGUCCCGCAAAUUUUGCACCAUUUGUGCAUCCUCACAUACCCCGCAUCCCUUCUCCGCAAGCUACACGCGCAUACCCCUCUUGCUCCAGGGUCGCGGGAGGAGAUCAGUCUCCGCGCAUCUAGUAUCAUUGCCGUCGAGCGCGUUCGCGAAGAGAUUCUCCGAUUGAUCAAACACGAAGAAGGCGGAGACAGUGACACGGUGUCGAGAGCUGGCGUGGUAAGCAGUGUCGUGAUUGAUUUCUAUCUUUGGGAUUUGGCGAAAAAGGUGGAGAGUGGGGAGCAGAAAAUCGAAAACAUAGACACCGCAGAAAUGGUCCCCAUUCAUCGGACGAGGAGUAUCUGGUACUAG